AUGGCGGAAGCAAAUGACUCGACAAGCUAUAUAACGCUAGUGUCUGCUGAUAAUCACAAGUUUGUGUUGAUGAAAGACGUGGCGCUGAUAUCUUCAGUGCUUCGAAACAUGGAGGAGUUCGAGGAAGGGCAAACUGGCAAGAUCAAUUUGGACAUGGACGGCGAGAUCCUAGAUGUGGUUGUGAACUACUUGCAUUACCACUACAAGUACAAAGAUCAGGAAGACACGGGUGAAAUCCCCGAAUUCAAGAUCCCCACCCACUUGGCCCUCGAGCUACUUGUUAAGGCAGACUACUUGGAUAUAUGA